CCCUGGGUUCAGCCCUGGGGCACCCGGCCACCUCACCAGCCAGCAGGCCCGUGAGGGCCGGGUGGGGUGCUGGGGGUGCCAGGCUGGGCUGGGCGUCUCCCUGAGCCUCUGCCCUGCCGGGCCCCUGCUGAUAUUGGAGGGGCAGGUGUACCGCUCACAGCAGCCAAGGGCACCAGCAGGGCCAUUUCGGUCCCAGGUGGAGCAAAUCCUCAAGGUUGGGCCAUUUGGCUGGGGAGGGGUCCUCAGGUGAUGGCUGCUGUCCUUGUUGGGACCCUGGGGGGGCUGUGGGAGGUGCCUGAGGCCUCCCAGGCUUACCUAUGGGGCCAGGUGGGCUGUGGGGCCUGUGGUGGUGGACCGCUCUGCCCAGGGUCACACUGUGUCUGAUGUCCGGGCUGCUGGCCUUUGCAGCCCAGAGAGAGAAGCAGGCUUGAGCCCCCGGUCCUGUGUGGGGCCACUUCUCUCAGCUGCCGGUGGGCUGGCAUGCCUGCCCCGGGCCUCAGUUUCUCCAGGCACAGAAAGAGAUGCUCAGGCCCACCUACUGCCCUACUAGCCCCCAGACCUGGCUGCGCCCCACGUGGGGCGGGACUCGCCCCUUUCCAGGAGGUCCGCCCCGCCCCUCUCCUUCCUCCCCCUGCCCACCCCCGGCACUAGAAUUUCUCGGUACCUGCUGGCUUCCAGGCUCUGAGCGUUCAGGGAACAGAGGGUUCUGGAGACCAGGGACCAGGCAGUGGUCAGAAGUGCCGGCCUUGGCAUUAUCUGGCCAACAGCUGCAGCCGGAAGAGGCCAGCACAGAGGCAGAGGAGGCCCACCCUGUGACGGUAGGGCCUGCGGAUGAGAUCGUUCGGCCGCGGCCACAGGGGUCCUCACCUGUCUAUGAAUGUGCGGCUGAGGGUGCUGGCCUUGGAUUCGCGGUAAGCCUGCUGGACAGGGACCCACAGGAAGACACACCGAGCAGACACAGCUCCUCAGGGAGACGGAGAUCCUGGUGGAAGUGGGAUUCAGGGGGCUCACGGACGUCUUCCAGGAUGAGUCGGCCAGAGGAGGCAAUGGAGGUGACCCUAAAGACCGAGGUGGAGACCGGAGCCAGUGGCUACAGUGUCACAGGCGGUGCGGAGCAGGGGAUCUUUGUCAAGCAAGUGCUGAAGGGUUCUGCAGCUGCCAAGCUCUUCAGCCUGAGAGAAGGGGAUCAGCUGCUCAGCACAACCAUAUUCUUUGAUGACAUUAAAUAUGAAGACGCUCUCAAAAUCCUUCAGUACUCAGAGCCCUACAAGGUUCAGUUCCAAAUCAAACGGAGACUUCCUGCCGGAGAGGACCAGGAGUGGGCCUCCAGCGGCGCUCCGCACGACCCGGAGGACAGUGACACGCAGGACAAGGCUGUUGCAGACGGUGACACAGAGACGCCCAGCACGGCGCUGGAAGGAGGUGGAGACCGAGAGAGCCUCAUCUCCAAGCCCAGGGAAGGCAGAGGCAGGCGACCCAAGAACGAGAGGGUGUCCUGGCCCAAAUUCCAAGCAAUAAAGCCCAAGCAUGGGCCAGGGCCCCGGAGGUCACACAGCUCCUCAGAGGCCUGUGAGCAGGAGGACGGCCCUGACGCAUCCCCCACAAACACAGACACUGAGGCCCAGCUCCCAGCAGAGGAGCAGGAGCUGAAGGCAGGGCCGGACAACCAGCCCCGGAGACGGUUCCUGAACCUGAGAUUCAGGGCGGGCUCGGGAAAGGGUCUGGUGCCAGUGGGACGACCAGGAAGAGAGGCCCCGGGUGGGCUGCCCCAGGCUGGGGUCCUGGAGGAGGCAGGGACCCGGGGUGAUGCCCGAGAGGACGCCAGGACUGCGCGCAGAGAGGACAGGGUGGCAGAGGCGGAGGAGGGGGCCGCGGCUCCAAGCGAGCAGCAGCGCACAGAGCCCAGCCUGCCCAGUGAGGACUCCCUGGGGGCAGGGGGCAGGGUGGCACCCAGAGGCCCAAGGAAGACCAAGGAGGGGAAGGUCCAGGAGGAGACGGUGGCACAGGGGAAGCCCGGGCCGGGCCCAGCCCCAGGGCAAGACAGACAGGCGCACAGGGAAGGAGGGCCUGGCCUGGAGACCGGGGCUGCCGCGGACGUGGUCAGCACACACAGCCGCCCACCGGAGUUCCAGGUCCGAAUACCCACUUUAAAAACACCCAAGUUUGGAUUUUCCAAAGAAACAGUACUGGACACAGAAGGAGGAAUGAUGGCACUCCAGCUGGAGCAGAGGAGGGGCCACCCCGGGAGGAAAGACACGGUGGGGGAGCAGGCAGAUGGGGGAGCGGACCGGCAGGGGGGCCGAAGUACAGCCCAGGGGCCACCACCAGAGAAGGAAGCAGGAGCAGGAGACAGGACGCAGGAUGGCGAGGAGGACAGCCAGGCUGGGGACGACGACACUGAGGGAUGGGACAGAAGGAUGAAGACGCUGAGGUUCAAGAUGCCCUCGUUUGGGUGGCCACCAGGAAGGGAGCCAAGGGCACCCGCGGUGAGAGUGGUGCAGGGACGGGAGAUGGAAAAGGGAAGCCCAGCCCUGCAGAUGGCCACGCACACAGAUGGGAGCAGAAGACCCACAGCAGAAGGAGGAGACACAGAUGUCCAAGAACCAGGACAGACACGAAGAGAAGAGGGACAGAGUGGCAGGAAGGAAACGCAUACCACCCCAGGAGACGGGAAGGACGCCAAGGACAGCAAGUUCAAAAUGCCCAAGUUCAAGAUGCCAUCCUUCGGCAUGUCUGCACCAAGCACAUCCACGGAGGCCUCGGUGGACGUGUCCCUGCCAAAGGCUCGGGCAGAGGUGUGCCUUCCUUCCAUUCAUGGCGACGUCAACACCAGUGACCUCCCCACUGGGCUCCCAUUGGCUGACCUGGACAUCAAGACCGCUGAGGUGGUCCUGAAGCUCCCGGAGGGGCCCGUGCCCGGGGGAGAGCUCCAGGAGGCGGCAGCGGGAGCUGGACACACAGAACACCUGCCCAAGUUGCAGAUGCCCAGCAUCAAGAUGCCCGAGGUGGACGUGAAGGGCCCCCAGGUGGACAUCAAGGGGCCCAAGCUGGAUGUUAAGGGUGCUAAAGGGGAGCCGGCCAUCCCUGAUGUGGAGGUGGCCGUUCCUAGCAUUGAGGUGGACAUCCAGGUGCCAGAUGCCAACCUGCUGGGCGACCUGUCCCUGGGAGACAAGGAGGUGUCCACCAGACACAGCAAGUUCAAAAUGCCCAAGUUCAAGAUGCCGUCCUUUGGCGUGUCUGCACCAAGCAAGGAUUUGGAAACCUCAGUGGAAGUGCCUGUGCCCAAGGUCACAGUGGAGGCGACCCGGCCCUCCCUGGGAGGAGAGACCCAGGCCCCAGAGUGCAGCGUCCAACUGCCAUCGGCUGAUGUGCACCUGCCCAGGGGAGAGCUGGAGGUGGUCCUUCCCGGGGCCAAGGUGACAGUAUCCGAGGUGAAGGGCAAAGCAGAAGGGGCCCGGAUCAAGGGCCACCUGCCCAAGGUGCAGAUGCCCAGCACCAAGAUGCCCAAGGUGGACAUCAGGGGCCCCAGUGUGGAUGUCAAGGGCCCCAGCGUGGAUGUGAGAGAAGUGGCUGUCCCCAGCCCGGACGUGGACAUCCAGGUGCCAGGGGCCAAGCUGGAGGGUGAACUGUCCUUGACAAGCAAGGAGGUGGCCGCGAGAGACAGCAAGUUCAAAAUGCCCAAAUUCAAGAUGCCGUCCUUUGGCAUGUCUGCGCCAAGCACAUCCACGGAGGCCUCGAUGGACGUGUCCCUGCCAAAGGCCCAGGCCAACGUGUGCCUGCCUUCCAUCCAGGCUGACGUCAAGUCCAGUGACCACCCCAUUGAGCUUCCAUCUGCCGACCUGGACAACAAGACUGCCAAGGUGGCCCCGAAGCUCCCGGAGGGCCCUGUGCCUGGGGGAGAGCUCCAGGAGGCGGCAGUGGGAGCCGGACGCACAGGACACCUGCCCAAGUUGCAGAUGCCCAGCAUCAAGAUGCCCAAGGUGGACUUGAAGGGUCCCCGGGUGGACAUCAAGGGGCCCAAGCUGGACAUGAAGGGCGUAAAAGGGGAGGCGGCCAUCCCCGACGUGGAGGAGGUCGUGCCCAGCAUGGAGGUGGACAUCGAGGUGCCAGGUGCCAAGCUGGAGGGCGACCUGUCCCUGGGAGACAAGGAGGUGUCCGCCAGACACAGCAAGUUCAAAAUGCCCAAGUUCAAGAUGCCGUCCUUUGGCGUGUCUGCGCCAAGCAAGGAUUUGGAAACCUCAGUGGACGUGCCUGUGCCCAAGGUCACAGUGGAGGCCCCCAGGCCCUUUCUGGGAGGAGAGGUCCAGGCCCCAGAGUGCAGCGUCCGUCUACCGUCAGCUGAUGUGCACCUGCCUGGCGGAGAGCUGGAGGUGUCCCUCCCCGUGGCUGAGGUAACGGUGUCCGAGCUGAAGGGCAAAGCAGAAGGGGCCCGGAUCAAGGCCCACCUGCCCAAGGUGCCCAUGCCUGAGGUGGAUGUCAAGGCCCCCAGCAUGGACAUCAAGGGCCCUACCAUGCAUGUGAAAGGCAAGAACGGAGAAGUGGCAUCCCCUGAUGUGCAGGUGGCCGUGCCCAGCAUCAAGGUGGACAUCCAGGAGCCAGGUGCCAAGGUGGAGGGUGACCUGUCUCUAACAAGCAAGGAGGUGGCCAUCAGAGACAGCAAGUUCAAAAUGCCCAAGUUCAAGAUGCCGUCCUUCGGCGUGUCUGCACCAAGCAAGGAUUUGGAAACCUCAGUGGAAGUGCCUGUGCCCAAGGUCGCAGUGGAGGCGACCCGGCCCUCCCUGGAAGGAGAGCUCCAGGCCCCAGAGUGCAGCGUCCAACUGCCAUCGGCUGAUGUGCACCUGCCUGGGGGAGAGCUGGAGGUGGCCCUCCCCGUGGCUGAGGUAACGGUAUCCGAGCUGAAGGGCAAAGUGGAAGGGGCCCGGAUCAAGGCCCACCUGCCCAAGGUGCCCAUGCCAAGCAUCAAGAUGCCCAAGGUGGACAUCAAGGGCCCCAGCGUGGAUGUCAAGUGCCCCAGCGUAGAUAUCAAAGGCCCCAGCGUGGAUGUGAGAGGAGAAGUGGCUGUCCCCAGCCCGGACGUGGACAUCCAGGUGCCGGGUGCCAAGCUGGAGGGUGACCUGUCUCUGACAAGCAAGGAGGUGGCCGUCAGAGACAGCAAAUUCAAAAUGCCCGAGUUCAAGAUGCCAUCCUUCGGCGUGUCUGUGCCAAGCACAUCCACAGAGGCCUCAGUGGACGUGUCCCUGCCAAAGGCCCAGGCCGAGCUGUGCCUGCCUUCCAUCCAGGCCGACAUAAACACCAGUGACCUCCCAAUUGGACUCCCAUCUGCCGACCUGGAUGUCAAGACCGCUGAGGUGGCCCUGAAGCUCCCGGAGGGCCCUGUGCCUGGGGGAGAGCUCCAGGAGGCGGCAGAGGGAGCUGGACUCACAGGACACCUGCCCAAGUUGCAGAUGCCCAGCAUCAAGAUGCCCAAGGUGGACUUGAAGGGCCCCCGGGUGGACAUCAAGGGGCCCAAGCUGGACAUGAAGGGCGUAAAAGGGGAGGCGGCCAUCCCCGACGUGGAGGAGGUUGUGCCCAGCAUGGAGGUGGACAUCGAGGUGCCAGGUGCCAAGUUGGAGGGCGACCUGUCCCUGGGAGACAAGGAGGUGUCUGCCAGACACAGCAAGUUCAAAAUGCCCAAGUUCAAGAUGCCGUCCUUUGGCAUGUCUGCGCCAAGCAAGGAUUUGGAAACCUCAGUGGACGUGCCUGUGCCCAAGGUCGCAGUGGAGGUGACCCGGCCCUCCCUGGAAGGAGAGACCCAGGCCCCAGAGUGCAGCGUCCAUCUGCCAUCGGCUGAUGUGCACCUGCCUGGGGGAGAGCUGGAGGUGGCCCUCCCCGUGGCCGAGGUAACGGUAUCCGAGCUGAAGGGCAAAGUGGAAGGGGCCCGGAUCAAGGCCCACCUGCCCAAGGUGCAGAUGCCCAGCACCAAGAUGCCCGAGGUGGAUGUCAAGCGCCCUAGCAUGGACAUCAAGGGCUCCAGCGUGGACGUCAAGGGCCCCAUCAUGGACGUGAGAGGAGAAGUGGCUUUCCUCAGCCCGGACAUGGAUAUCCAGGUGGCGGGUGCCAAGCUGGAGGGCGACCUGUCCCUGGGAGAUAAGGAGGUGUCCACCAGACACAGCAAGUUUAAAAUGCCCAAGUUUAAGAUGCCAUCUUUUGGCAUGUCUGCACCAAGCAAGGAUUUGGAAACCUCAGUGGAAGUGCCUGUGCCAAAGGUCGCAGUGGAGGCGACCCGGCCCUCCCUGGGAGGAGAGACCCAGGCCCCAGAGUGUAGCAUCCAUCUGCCAUCAGCUGAUGUGCACCUGCCUGGGGGAGAGCUGGAGGUGGCCCUCCCCGGGGCUGAGGUGACAGCAUACGAGCUGAAGGACAAGGUGGAAGGGCCCCAGGUCAAGGCCCACCUGCCCAAGAUGCAGAUGCCCAGCAUUAAGAUGCCCAGUGUGGACAUCAAGAGCCCCAGCAUAGAUAUCAAAGGCCCCAGUGUGGAUGUGAGAGAAGUGGCUGUCCCCAGCCCGGACGUGGACAUCCAGGUGCCAGGUGCCAAGCUGGAGGGUGACCUGUCUCUGACAAGCAAGGAGGUGGCCGUCAGAGACAGCAAAUUCAAAAUGCCCAAGUUUAAGAUGCCAUCCUUCGGCGUGUCUGUGCCAAGCACAUCCACAGAGGCCUCAGUGGACGUGUCCCUGCCAAAGGCCCAGGCCGAGGUGUGCCUGCCUUCCAUCCAGGCCGACAUAAACACCAGUGACCUCCCAAUUGGACUCCCAUCUGCCGACCUGGACGUCAAGACUGCUGAGGUGGUCCUGAAGCUCCCGGAGGGCCACGUGCCUGGGGGAGAGCUCCAGGAGGUGGCAGCGGGAGUCGGACGCACAGGACACCUGCCCAAGUUGCAGAUGCCCAGCAUCAAGAUGCCCAAGGUGGACUUGAAGGGCCCCCGGGUGGACAUCAAGGGGCCCAAGCUGGAUGUUAAGGGUGCUAAAGGGGAGCCGGCCAUCCCCGAUGUGGAGGUGGCCGUACCCAGCAUGGAGGUGGAAGUCCAGGUGCCAGGUGCCAAGCUGGAGGGUGACCUGUCCCUGGGAGACAAGGAGGUGUCCACCAGAGACAGCAAGUUCAAAAUGCCCAAGUUCAAGAUGCCAUCCUUUGGCAUGUCUGCAGCAAACAAGGAUUUGGAAACCUCAGUGGACGUGCCUGUGCCCAAGGUCACAGUGGAGGCCACCCGACCCUUCCUGAGAGGAGAGCUCCAGGCCCCAGAGUGUAGCAUCCAGUUGCCAUUGGCUGGUGUACACCUGCCUGGAAGGGAGCUGGAGGUGGUUCUUCCCAGGGCCGAGGUGACGGUAUCCGAGCUGAAGGGCAAAGUAGAAGGGGCCCAGAUCAAGGCCCACCUGCCCAAGGUGCAGAUGCCUAGCAUCAAGAUGCCCAAGGUGGAUGUCAAGGCCCCCAGCGUGGACAUCAAGGACCCUACCAUGCACGUGAAAGGCAAGAAGAAAGAGGUGGCAUCCCCUGACAUGCAGGUGGCUGUGCCCAGCAUCAAGGUGGACAUCCAGGUGCCGGGUGCCAAGCUGGAGGAUGAUCUGUCUCUGACAAGCAAGGAGGUGGCCGUCAGAGACAGCAAAUUCAAAAUGCCCAAGUUCAAGAUGCCGUCCUUCGGCGUGUCUGCACCAAGCAAGGAUUUGGAAACCUCAGUGGAUGUGCCUGUGCCCAAGGUCGCAGUGGAGGCGACCCGGCCCUCCCUGGAAGGAGAGACCCAGGCCCCAGAGUGCAGCGUCCAACUGCCAUCGGCUGAUGUGCACCUGCCUGGGGGAGAGCUGGAGGUGGCCCUCCCCGUGGCCGAGGUAACGGUAUCCGAGCUGAAGGGCAAAGUGGAAGGGGCCCGGAUCAAGGGCCACCUGCCCAAGGUGCAGAUGCCCAGCACCAAGAUGCCCAAGGUGGACAUCAGGGGCCCCAGUGUGGAUGUCAAGGGCCCCAGCGUGGAUGUGAGAGAAGUGGCUGUCCCCAGCCCGGACGUGGACAUCCAGGUGCCAGGGGCCAAGCUGGAGGGUGAACUGUCCUUGACAAGCAAGGAGGUGGCCGCGAGAGACAGCAAGUUCAAAAUGCCCAAAUUCAAGAUGCCGUCCUUUGGCAUGUCUGCGCCAAGCACAUCCACGGAGGCCUCGAUGGACGUGUCCCUGCCAAAGGCCCAGGCCAACGUGUGCCUGCCUUCCAUCCAGGCUGACGUCAAGUCCAGUGACCACCCCAUUGAGCUUCCAUCUGCUGACCUGGACAACAAGACUGCCAAGGUGGCCCCGAAGCUCCCGGAGGGCCCUGUGCCUGGGGGAGAGCUCCAGGAGGCGGCAGUGGGAGCCGGACGCACAGGACACCUGCCCAAGUUGCAGAUGCCCAGCAUCAAGAUGCCCAAGGUGGACUUGAAGGGCCCCCGGGUGGACAUCAAGGGGCCCAAGCUGGACAUGAAGGGCGUAAAAGGGGAGGCGGCCAUCCCCGACGUGGAGGAGGUUGUGCCCAGCAUGGAGGUGGACAUCGAGGUGCCAGAUGCCAACCUGCUGGGUGACCUGUCCCUGGGCGACAAGGAGGUGUCUGCCAGACACAGCAAGUUCAAAAUGCCCAAGUUCAAGAUGCCGUCCUUCGGCGUGUCUGCACCAAGCAAGGAUUUGGAAACCUCAGUGGAUGUGCCUGUGCCCAAGGUCACAGUGGAGGCGACCCGGCCCUCCCUGGGAGGAGAGACCCAGGCCCCAGAGUGCAGCGUCCAACUGCCGUCGGCUGAUGUGCACCUGCCUGGGGGAGAGCUGGAGGUGGCCCUCCCCGUGGCCGAGGUAACGGUAUCCGAGCUGAAGGGCAAAGUGGAAGGGGCCCGGAUCAAGGCCCACCUGCCCAAGGUGCAGAUGCCCAGCACCAAGAUGCCCGAGGUGGACGUCAAGGCCCCCAGCGUGGACAUCAAGGGUCCCAGUGUGGAUUUGCACAUCAUGGAGGGAGAGGUGACUGUCCCCAGAUCUGCCGUACCCCUGGAGGUGCCUCUGGCAUCCCCAUCUGUGUCACAGGGGGACGCUCCCUGGCCCAGCCUGCAAGGUACUCCAGUGUACCCCGCCUUCACGAGCGUUCUCUUGUCCCAGGUGGACAGUGGGACUGGCCCAACAGAUUCACCAUUUCCCACAUCUUGUGUUCAAGUGACUUUUCCUAUGUUUCGUCGGCCGAGGUUCGUGUUUUCAGUCCCAAGAGCUGGCAUUGCUGAGGCGCAGCCUGCUUGCACAGAACGUGCCCUCGCACCGUCUCCUCCAAGCCCCGUGCGCCGACCGGACCCAUCGGCUGGGGAAGCCGCAGUGUUCCUGCUGCCGUCUGCAGGUGUCUCUGUGUCCACAGGGACAGAGGGGCUGUCGGGCACUGUGGGGACAUCAGCCGUGGCUUCAGGGGCCGCUCCAGCUGCAGAUGCCCCCUGCAAAGGGAAAGGCAGUUCCCUGAAAACGCCAAAGCUCGAGCUUCCAUCCUUCAGGUCAUCCCCGAAGAAGGGGGCAGGGUCCAGAGAGGACCCUGUUGGCAGCCUGGGGGGUGUAGAGAUCAGCCUGGUUGUAGACGCGGUCCCAUCAGACGUCCCAGCUGGUGUUCAUGCUGCACAGAUGGACGCACCUCCAGAUGUGACUCCUGAAAAGGAUGCAGAGAAAGGAGUGGUCCUCACCCCUGGCUUUGCCGGGCUGGAGCCCCCACUCCCCAGCACGGGGGUUCCUCGGAGAGGGGCCGGGCUGCUGCACACAGACCCUGACUCUUCCCUGUCCAGUCCCCCAGGAAAGACUGAGUCUCCAGCCACAGGAACCAGCAGCGGCAAGGGUGGUGGGGACACUAGUGCUACUGCUGUCCCCUCAGACACAGCAGGCGUGAAUCCCCAGCUGCCUUGGGUCCAUGUUCCCAGGCUGGGCCUUGCCACGCCCACCCUUGGACCCUGCGAGGGUGACCUUCCUUUUCCCAAACAUGGCCUGUCAUUCGGAGAUGGUGGCACAGGGCAUGGGUCUGGGGACAGCUCAGCCUGCCAGCCUUGUGGGGAGGCCACAGCCCCCUCCACAGAAGACCCCCUGCCACCAUCCUGCAGAAUGGCAGAUGGUGAAGGCCCAGCAGAGGGAAGCCCAGAGUGGGCUGUGCUGGCAGGGUCUCAAGAGAGCUGGCACAGGAUGCCCACGCUCCACCUGCCCAGUGCCCGGCACUCCUCCGAGGAGAGAGGCGGGGCUGGGGGCCCCAGGGGUCUGCUGUGUGCACCUGCUGCCGGCUCACCUAGGGAAGGAGUCAGGAGGCAGGACACCCACAUUCCUGGGCCAGAGGUGACCGUGUCCCUACAGUCCCCAGAGGCUGAUGUGGGCGUGGCUGCUGCUGAGAGCACGUCCCACGCAGAUGUUCUAAGGCACAGUCUUGACAGCAGAAGCUCGAAGCUGCAUCUCCCUCCUGCCAGGGUGUCCGCCUCUGACCCUAGCACUUUUGAGGCUGGGGUCUGCCCGGGCGAGGGCCCCCUUCCCCUUCAGGUUCCCCAGAGGAGACUCCCAGAAUCUUACCGUCUUCCCCGAGAAGCAGGCAGGGCAGUUCCUCCCGGGCCAGCAGGACAGGACCUUUCCAGGGGGGAGAAGGGGGCAGGGGAGUGGUCUUCCCACCCCGAGGGACCCCUUAAACUGAAGGUGUCGACAACCGAUGUGCCAUCCCAGAUUUCCGUAGUGACCACGAGUCAGCUCUGGGAAGAUUCGGUGCUGACCGUCAGGUUCCCCAGGUUAAAGGUGCCAAGGCUCACCUACCCUGUCCCCGGCUCUGAGGCUGACAUUUUCAUCCCUGCUGUGAGAGAAAUCCAGUGCCCAGACAGCAGCCUUGGCAUGGCCCUGCAGAGGGAGAGCCCUGGAGUCUGGGAUGCCAGCAUCCUGAAGGCAGGCGCCGGGGGGCCCAGGGAGCGGCCUGUGGUCCCUGGCCUCUCCUCAGAAGCUUCCCCCAUUUCUAAGGUCAGAGUGCACAUCCAGGGAGCCCCGGCAGAGAGCCAGGGGGGCGCCAUGUGCAGCAGGGUGACGGCUGAGUUUGCCGGCGUAGCGGAUCCCCGGGCAUUCUCCACGCAGGUUGUACGGGAAUCUGAGAUCCCAGCAUCUGAGGUGCAGACACCUGCCUAUGGAUUCUCCUUGUUAAAGGUGAAGAUCCCAGAGGCCCUGCCUCGGGCUGGAGCGCGUGUGGGGACCCCAGACUCCCGGCUGAGGCAGGCUUUGCAAGAGGCUCCUGCACGUGCCGCCCCAGGAGCGGACCCCGCUUCUGGAGAUCUUCAGUCUGACACCGGAGAGCCAUUUGAAAUGAUGUCUUCCAGUGUCACCGUGCCUGGACUGCAAACAUGUGUGGUUGAAGUUUGCUCUGGCCACCAGUUUGCAGACAGCUGUUCGGACGAGGAGCCUGCGGAAAUCCUUGAAUUUCCCCCUGAAGACAGCCAAGAGGCGGCCCCGGCUGAAGAGGGCAGGGCUCCAGGAGCAGAACCCGAAAGCAGAAAGGGUUCCGGUCUGUUCCGGCUCUGGCUCCCAAACAUUGGGUUUUCUUCCUCUGUGGACGAGAAAAGCGCCGAGUCCGAAGACACACUCCAAAGGCCAGAGGCGGGGCCGCCGCCCAGGCCGGAGAAGACGGGCUGGUUUCGCUUUCCGAAACUAGGGUUCUCUUCGCCCACCAAGAAGAGCGCGCAUGCCGAAGAUGAGGCGAGGCUGGCGGAGCAGAAACUCCAAGAGGAAGCAGCCACCUUCUUCGAUGCCCACGACAGCUUCCCCCUUGAAGAGGACGACGGGAGGCGCGCAGAGGCCGCGGGCCCCACGCCAGCUCCAGCGCGGUGCUGACAUCCUGGAAGAACCGAGCUCGUGCUGCUGGAAGAGCACAGCAAGGCCCGCGGGGAUCCUGUGCCGAGGCCCGUGACCGAGUGCGGGCCGGAGGGUCACUUUUUGGCAGAGGACAGCCACACAAAUGAAGUCUGAAGGCAGAGCCAUGACGUGCACAGAGCACGCCUCCUGACAACGUGUGUCUACACCGCUUCACAGGGCCCGAGAACAGCGGGCGGCCACCCCACGUCCCACCUCAGCCCCCGCUCCCCCAGAGCUUUGGAAGCAAGUGCAACCACCUGGCCCCUGCAAGACACCAGCACCCACAGGGCCACAGCACCCGUGACAGGGUGCUGGAGAGGGCGUUUCCCGGGGCGGCUGCCGAGCCCGCAGAGCCGGUCUGCUCCUCUGCAGAAGGGGCCAGAGGCGGGGCGCGUGGCUUCUGUGCAUACUGCCCCACGGUGCUCCCCGGUGAGCGGGCUCCCCGUGUCUGGCACACCCCAGGAGGACCUCCCCUGCUCCCUCGCGCUGUGCUUGCUCCUUGCUGACGGUCUCACCUGGCGAGCUCCGCAAUGCCUUGUGUCAUGACAUGCACGUGCUGGCAGAAGGGUGGCACCUGUGGUGUCCCUAUGUGCCCACCACCUGCCGCUGUCCGCUGAUGCCCCUCUGCCUUGCCAGCCCUGCCCUGAGCCCCUUGGUGUACACAAGGCAGCCAGGCCCAGAUGGGAUCUGCUGCCCACCUGGGCGGCCGUGCAAUAAAGAAACCACACACCGCACAGUGUCCGUGGGCCUCUUGUUCCGGUCAGGCUCACCUGCACCUUGCCCUCUCCCCACCCACUCCAGGCCCUCAUCUCUGG